CCACGCCACAAGCAAUACGCUGGUGGAAAUCGUUUACAAGGAAAUUUUCGCUGUACAGUGAAUUUAUGAGUAUGAUAUCAUCAGAGUUGUUGGAGCCUGGAGAAUCAUGUGGUGUGUAUCUUAUCGUUUACUCUUGAAUUCCAUUUGCUUACCCUUGACCUCGAAUCCGCCGUUGAGAUUCAGAGCCGGUGCCUUCCCUCUCAGCAGUUUUAAGCUUUUCUCAAGACAGCUAGGAAUGGAAAAGGGUGAAGGAACUAAGGUUCCCAAGAAUCCAACAAACAAUAAGGUUGAAGAACUGUUACAGGGCGACCCCGAAGGUGGAUGGGACAAAUGCUGGGAGCAAGGAUUGACCCCAUGGGAUUUGAAACAGCCAACACCUGUGUUUCUGCAUCUUCAUCAAGCUGAUGCACUUCCAAGAGGAAGGGCUUUAGUCCCUGGAUGUGGCACUGGUUAUGAUGUGGUUGCAAUUGCUAGCCCUGAUCGCUAUGUUGUAGGUCUCGAGAUAUCAGAACACGCCAUUAAGAGAGCAAAGGAGUUGUUCUCUUCAUUGCCAAAUGCGAAUUAUUUUACCUUUACGAAGGAGGACUUUUUCACAUGGCAACCAACUGAUUUGUUUGAUCUCAUUUAUGAUUAUACGUUUUUUUGUGCAAUUGAACCAUCCAUGAGAUCAGCUUGGGCAAGCCGAAUUCGAGAUUACUUGAAACCAGAUGGAGAGCUCAUAACUCUAAUGUUUCCGAUUAGCGAUCAUGUUGGUGGACCCCCAUACAAAGUUUCGGUGGCUGACUAUGAAGAGGUGUUGCAUCCUAUGGGCUUUAGGGCAAUCUCCAUAGAGGAUAAUGAGCUUGCAAUUGAGCCACGCAAGGGAAGAGAGAAACUGGGGAGGUGGAAGAGAUCUCCAAGUCUAUCCUUACUAUGAUGGAAAUUCAUUCUGUUAUUCAAUAAUCGUUGAAGAAAACAUACUUGAUUCACCAAAUCUUUAUUUUGCUCUGUAAAUGAAGUGGUUCAGCAGAUUUAACCCAUAUUGGUUGUGGGACAAGAUUAUUGAUAGAUGUAAUUGUAUUUUAAUCAGGGUAGAACCAUGAUCAGGAAGAAUUCUCAGUUGUUAGAGAAAUUUUCAGAUUUACUAUUACCACAUAGGAGGAAUUUGAGUGCAGAUGCAAAUGGAAUUUGUUGA